UGAGCGUCAUUGUUGUCUUGGGGUCACAUCCAAAUAUAAGCACUAUCUUUAAAUGAAUCUGAGUCUUUUUGCCUCCAAAAUGUAAGGUGGACCUGCAGUGCAAGCCAUAUGACAGAAGAUAUUUACAUAGUGGUGCCCAAGGAGUGAAACCAUGCCUGCACAGUGAUAGAUCAAUUGAUAAAAAAGCAACAAAGUUAUUUCGUUCACGUACGGAGCAUUUGGAAAGCAAAGAACAUCAGGACAGUGGUGAGAUAUUUACUUCAAGAAGAAGAUUUUGUUUUCAUAAAAAAAAUAUGCAAUAGAGAUCAACAACCAACAUAAGUGUUAGUGUUGUGAUUAAAUUAUAUUUAUAGUGUUGUUCAUGAAUGAAUUAGUUCACACAUUGAUGUUCUGAGGCCAGAUGUGUAGUAAAAUUGUGUUCUCACAUCAUGAAGAAGUUCACAAAGAUGAAAAAUGCCCAUGCUGUGAAACAGUUUAAUACUGGAAAGGAAAAAGUACUAGUAGUGAUAACCAUGGAAGAACUCAUAUAUCCGUCAAUCAAAGGUAACAAAUAAUUACCUAGUUAAUUUAUUGGUUGGAAUUGUUAAAAUCAUGAAAGAAUUCAAAUGCCAGUACUGUGGUAAGACAUUUAACAUUAAACAAAAUUGCAUUGUUCAUGAAAGAAUUCACACUGGAGAGAAACCUUACAAAUGCCAGUAUUGUGACAAGGCAUUUGCUAAACCAUGUGAUUUUGUCAAUCAUGAAAGAAUUCACACUGGAGAGAAACCAUACAAAUGCCAGUAUUGUAAUAAGGCAUUUAGUAAAAAAUGCAAUUGCAAUGUUCAUGAAAAAAAUCACUCAGAAGAGAAACCCUUCAAAUGCCAGUUCUGUGAUAAGAAAUUUAUUCAGCAACGGGAUUACAUUCGUCAUGAAAGAAUUCACACUGGAGAGAAAACAUACAAAUGCCAGUACUGUGAUAAGACAUUUAUUCGAAAAGAUCACUGCAGUGUUCAUGAAAAAAUUCACACUGGAGAGAAACCAUAUGAAUGCCAGUACUGUAAUAAGGCAUUUAUCAUAAAACAGAAUUGUAUUGUUCAUGAAAGAGUUCACACUGGAGAGAAACCAUACGAAUGCCAAUAUUGUGAUCAGAAGUUUACUCAACAAUGGGAUUGUGUCAUUCAUGAAAGGAUUCACACUGGAGGGAAACCAUACAAAUGCCAACACUGUGAUAAGGCAUUUAAUAGAAAACACAAUUGCAUUGUUCAUGAAAAAAGUCACACCGGAGAGAAACCAUACAAAUGCCAAUAUUGUGAUAAGAAGUUUACGCAACAAUGCAAUUGUGUCAUUCAUGAAAGGAUUCACACUGGAGAGAAACCAUACAAAUGCCAGUAUUGUAAUAAGACAUAUAACAGAAAAUACAGUUGCAUUGUUCAUGAAAAAAUCACACUGGAGAGAAACCAUACAAAUGCCAAUAUUGUGAUAUGAAGUUUACGCGACAGUGCGAUUGUGUCAUUCAUGAAAGGAUUCACACUGGAGAGAAACCAUACAAAUGCCAGUAUUGUAAUAAGGCAUUUAACAGAAAAUACAGUUGCAUUGUUCAUGAAAAAAGUCACACUGGAGAGAAUCUCUACAAAUGUAAGUUCUGCGACAAGAAAUUUACCCAAAAA